AUGGACCUUUGUGAGGACGGACAGCUUCAAAGUGGUUCCACAGGUAUAAAUGCGUGUGAUACGAAGUGUGAUGUGGUUGUCCGGGCGGUCAGCGACCAUCCCGUGACCUGCGACCCGAGAACCCUGCACAACCUGACGGCCUUAGAGAAGAGCUGCCCGUUGCCUCCGCACUAUGGCAAGGUGCAGACAGACAUCGAGCCCUACAUGCGGAGGAUACUGACAGUCUGGAUGCUUCAGGUGUGUGAGGAGCAGAAAUGUGAAGAGGAGAUCUUUCCGCUGGCUGUGUUUUACCUGGACUGUUGCCUGAGCUGGUUCGCCAUUGAAAAGUCCAACCUGCAGCUUUUUGGGUCUGUUUGCAUGUUGCUGGCCUCCAAAAUGAGAGAGACUGUCCACCUGACGCCCAGCACGCUUAGCAUCUACACACAAAACUCCAUUUCAGUUUCAGACAUCCUGCAGUGGGAGAUGGAAGUCGUGUCCAGGUUAGACUGGUGUCUGGCGUCAGUAGUGCCCUCUGACUUCCUGGAGCCAGUCCUUCACGCUCUCCCCUUUGUUCAGCCCCACCACUUUCCUAACAUGCGCAGGCAUGUUCACUCCUACAUUGCUCUGUCAGUCACUGACGGCAGGUUUUCAGUGUUCUAUCCCUCCACUGUUGCAUGUGCAUGUGUGAGCAUUGCCACACAGAGGCUUCAGUUAGCGGUCUCCUCUGAUUCGGUGAUGACGUUUUUGGCCAACCUUUUGGUCAUUGAUCUGAGCCCUGUCCUUCUCUGCAAUGAGCAACUACGGAGUGUGUUGGAGCCCAGCCUGCCUUCUAGUGUUGGCAGAUCAGGAGAAAACAGCUCAGAGAUCAGCUACACCCCUGCUAACUUUCGGGAUGCUGUACUUACUCCAGUUACUUCUCCCCAGGAAAUCAAUCUCGAACACUCCUCCCUGAAAUAACUAAAAUGGAUCAUAGACGCAUGUACAUGUGCAUGUAAGAGCCUAAAUAUCAAGAGAAUUGUUUUUAAAUGCCAUUUCUUUUCAUUCUUAGUUCUUUGAAAGUUCCUUCUUCUUUUACAGUUUGAGAUUUGUUUUAAAUGUCUGUCCUAUUGCUGCUUGUAUUAAAGAAUGUACAAUUACUAAAGCACCAUCAAAGAUAGGAAAUUAUUUGUGAUGCAUUACUUUUGUUUGAUAUUGAUAGUUGAACUGCACUAAAUCCUAAUAGCAAUGUUUGCACAUUGUAAAUGUUAUACCGAUUUUUCCUAUAUGUAUUUAGCAUUUAUCUUGAUUCAUUGCAAAUGUAAUGUCAUUAUCAUAUCU